AUGGCCACACCACUAGUUGUGAAUGAAAAACUUAUAAAGGAAGAUGAAGAGAAAAAAGUUGAUGGUUCAUUGUAUAGAAGCUUGGUUUCAAAUUUGUUGCAUCUUACAGCUACAAGGCCAGAUAUAAUGUAUGUUGUAAGUUUGUUUUCUAGAUUUAUGAAUAAUCCCAGUCAAAAUCAUUUUGGUGCUGCAAAACGAGUUUUGAGAUAUAUUCGAGGCACAACCAGCUAUGGUAUCAAGUAUUGCAAAGAUUCAAAUGUGAAAUUGUUUGAUUUUUGUGAUAAUGAUUGGGGUGACUGCACUGAUGAUAUGAAAAGCACCUCCAGGUAUGCAUUUUCCUUGGGUUUUGGAGUAUUUUCUUGGGCAUCAAAGAAACAACAAAGUGUGACACAAUCAUCUGUAGAAGCUGAAUAUGUUUCAGCGGGUUUGGCAACUUCCCAAGAAAUUUGGGAAGCAAUUGAAGAAGGUGAAGUGGAGCUCAAAUUCUGCAGGUUAGAUGAACAAAUUGCAGAUAUAUUCACUAAGGCUCUUUACAAAGAAAAGUUCCAGCAUUUCAGGGAGUUACUUAGAGUUAUGGAGCAGCACAUUAGGGGGGAGCAAUGUUGA